AUGCGAUACUGUCAUAAUAGCUUUUCUACGCCUACUUCUGCAACUAUUGGUGCUUCGUUUCUACAAAAGCGUGUGAUUAUUGGUGAUGACGUUGGUGCACGGCGAAAAUUAACGCUUCAGAUUUGGGAUACGGCUGGUCAAGAACGUUUUCGUUCAAUGGCGCCAAUGUAUUAUCGCAAUGCAAAAGCUGCAAUUCUUGUUUUUGAUUUACAGAGUGAAGCAAGCUUUGAAAAGAUUAAAGAGUGGCUACAAGAUUUGCAACAUCAUGUGGAUGAUAACAUUGUGCUAGCAGUUGUGGGGAAUAAGAGUGACGUUUCGUCGAGUUUUGACUUUUCAAAGGCUCAGCAAUUUGCAAAUGAGAUUGGAGCGCUUGUGUUUCGCACGAGUGCCAAGACGGGCGAAGGAGUGCAGUCGCUGUUUGAAAGCCUAGCGGUACAAUUGCUUAAGAAGCACGAUCAGGAACAACGGACACGAGGCCGUGAUGGAUUGAGAGCAGGAACUGCAGCAAGCUCGGGCUUGUAUGGACACGGAGGCCAAAACCCUGUUAUUUUGAGUCAAGCAAACGCCUCAGGAAAUAAGUCGUCCAAGGGCAGCUGCUGUUAA